AUGCAAUCGAUGCCAUAUUAUCAGCAGGGCUACCAGCAAGCCCCCUCACCUUACGGCGCUAAUCCUCCCGUGGCCUCAUUAGCCAACGGUGCACCUUCCAUGAUGACUCAUCCCGCCGGUCUUCCUCCUCUUCAGCAUCCCGGCUUGGAAGCAGGUGCUCCUACUCAGCCACAGACAAAAAGAAAACAAGUCAAGAACGCGUGCACCAACUGCCAAAAAGCCUGCAAAAAGUGUGAUGAUGCGAGACCCUGUCCUCGUUGCGUCAAGUACGGUAUCGCAGAUACUUGUGUAAACUCGGUUCGAAAAGAACGCAAGAAGGGCAUCAAGCGUGGUCCCUACAAGAGAAGACAGAAGCAAGAUGGUGAUAAGGGUUCUCGUAAAGACGGUAUGCCCGAGCAGCAACAGUAUGCACCUGCUAUGCGUGCGGCGUCGAUGCCCUUUGGUUAUCCUAGCAAUCUCAAUCAAUACGGUCAACCCUAUGAUCCCUACGGUCAAUAUGCAGCAUAUCAUAAAGAUCAAAUGAUGCCUCAACCUUACGUCGUGAACCCUGUGUAUCCACCCACCAUGGCUUACCCUGUUCUCGUCCCCGGUCAAGGCGCCGAUGGCAGCCAACCUCCUCAGCAGCAACAAGCACAGCAUCCAUCAUACCAGCACUCGCCCAUGCCUCAGCAUUACGGUGGAGGCAUGAUGCACCAUUCUCCUCAGACAUCGCGUCCAAUGAUGCAACAUGGUGAUGUUCAUCAACCUACUGCGCAAUACUACCAACAACCCCACUCGCAACCGCACUCGCAGCGAUCAAGUCCACAUUUGCAGGAAGUGAAAGCGGAUCAGGACGGGUUCAUUAAACCCCAACCCAUGACUCCUAUCCCCAGUACCUCCACUUCCACCAACACCACGUCUUCGCCUGAUUCAGGUAAUUGUUCAAAGAAAAUAAUGGCGUCAUUUGGAUGA